AUGAGCGACAAGUUUCCUGAAGGUCGACUCGGCCGGCAAAGGCUGAUUGUCAUCAUUUCGCUGUCGAUCGUCAGCUUUCUCAGUGCAUUUGACUCAACCGUGUUCCCUCCAGUUCUACCCACAAUUGCCAAAGAUUUACAUGGCAACGCGACCGAUACGUUCUGGGUUGGAACAGCCUACCUAUUACCAUGCGCAGCGCUUCAACCCUUCAUGUGCGCAAUAUCGGACAUUCUUGGCCGCCGUUUCGUCCUGCUCACAUCCAUCACUCUCUUCGCCAUCGGCUCCGUGGUGGGAGCCAUUGCACAGAACAUGGCGACCAUCCUGGCGGGACGAACGAUACAGGGCAUUGGUGGUGGUGGGAUGAUUCCGCUUCCCAUGAUUGUGAUGACGGAUUUAUUCGCUCUGCGUGAGCGACCCAAGUACACUGCAUGCAUCCAGCUAUUCUCAGCCAUUGGCAUCAUCAUUGGUCCCGUGCUAGGGGGGCUGUUCACUCAACACGCAGCGGAUCAUGGAGGAUGGCGCUGGGUGUUCUAUGUGAAUUUUCCAUUUUGCCUGAUUGCUUUCCCUUCUCUCUACUUCACACUGCGGAAGAUGAAAGUGACCCGGCAGCAAGACCAGCAAAUCGACUGGGUGGGCUCAUUCCUCUUCACAUCCAGCAUGGUCUGUUUUCUGAUGGGCCUCUCCUGGGGAGGCACUCUGUACAAAUGGGACAAUUAUCGGACAUUGCUCCCUUUGAUCUUGGGGGCCGUGGGCAUCGUCCUCACUUGCUUCUGGGAAUGUUAUGGUGCACGCUGGCCGUUUUUGCCAUUGCCCAUUCUCAAGAGCCGGGCAUCGAUCGCUGUCUAUCUCUCUGCCCUAGUCCAAGGCAUAUCGAUGUUUGGAAUCCUCUACUAUAUGACCUUCUUCCUGGAAGUUGUGCAAAGACUCUCCCCUACGCAGACCGGCACUCAAAUCAUGGCCUUGUCUGCGACCAUGGUCCCAUGCGGUCUGAUAACCGCCAUCAUGAUCUCCAAGUUCGGCAAAUACAAAUGGGCUCAAUGGGUCGGCUGGUUGGUGGCUGCCCUUGCCACUGGUCUUCUUUGCCUCCUGGAUGAGAAAACCAACAGCGGAUUUUGGAUCGGAACCCUGGUGCUUUUGGGACUAGGCCAUGGAGUUCUGUUCAACAGUAUUCUUUUCGCAGCGCAAGCUGUGGUCCCUGCCAAGAAUGUCGCAUACGCAGCGACUCUAUACACAUUCUUCCGCACGAUCGGAUACGCCGUUGGAGUCGUUCUUGGCUCCACCACCCUUUCCAACGUCACGGCAGCCUACUUACAGAGCCACGGCUUCCCCGCUGGGGAAGCGCAUGACAUUGCGUCGCACAUUGGUCCCUCCGAAAGCAUCUCCCUAGGCACGAGCUCGGCGAGUGUGAUCAUGCAAUCCUACGUUCACGGACUCCGUGGAGUCUUCAUCGGAUUGACCUGCCUUGCUGGACUUGGUCUUGUGACAACCUUUUUCGUGCCCCAAGCCAGUAUGGACCAGGCUCUGGAGUCUGACCAUCAGUUGGAGUUGCUACGGAUCGAGUCGAAUCCUCCGAGCCCGUCGCUGGGAGACUCAAGAAAUCCAUCCUCGCUGACCAUACACACCAUUUACGCAAAGGAAGACCACCCCGUCGAAUUGCGUCGGGUGGUUUGA